AUGCUGGCUCUCUCUUCUCGAAGCGCGGAUGAACUGGACGGCGCAGGCGUGGUCACAGUAGCAGCAGGCCCAGGGGGGAUAUCAGUUCCAGUCGCCAUCGUCCUUGGACUUCUAUCCUCCUUCGUCCAGUCGCUAGGCCUCACCUUGCAACGACUCUCGCACAAGUCAGAAUCAGCGCGAGCAUCUUCUCGACAGAGGACAGAGUGGAAACGUCCGCUUUGGCUCGUCGGAUUCGCCAUCUUUAUCACUGCUAAUAUAGGUGGCACUGUGUUCCAAAUUGGUGCGCUGCCCAUCGUCAUGCUGGCACCGCUCGGUGCAGUCAGUCUGCUCUUCAAUGCUUUGCUCGCGCGCUUCCUGCUCGAUGAUUUUUUCAGCUGGAACAUGAUUGGAGGUAAGCACUGCUCGGCGAAGAGCGCUAGGGCGAGCGGAGCGGCUUGGGAGAGAGCUGACGUGUGUUUCCCCACACCCAUCGCACUUAGGAACCCUACUCAUAUCUCUAGGAGCAGUGCUAAUAGGCUACUUUGGGGCCAUCCAAGAGCAGCCUCACAGCUUGGAUGAGCUCCUAGCCCUGUACUCGCGUCCUGCAUUUGUGGCCUUCGGCUCUUGCUUUGCUCUGUCUCUGGCAGGGGUGUUGACUGGUGUGAGUGGUACGGAGUGGCGAUUGCUCCGAAGCAAGGUGUUCUGGAUCAUUAAGGACUCGGCACUCUGAUGAAGAUCAGCUUGCGCUGACGUGCGCUUCCCCAUGGUACAAUGUUGCGCUGCCAGGCGCACUUGACGGAAUUUGCUUUGAACAAGCAUGUCCGACAAUUAUCUUCUGGCGAGCUGGAAGGGCGCUCCCGCUCUCUCAAGCGCAGACGGCGCAAGAGCUCCAGCGGCUCCAGCGUAUCUUCCACAUCCUCAGAUCGCAGUGGGACGAGCGAUGGGAACGGAAGUAGUAGGGGCGGCGUGCGGGCCUCGCUGGCUAGAAGGUGGAGCGCACCCUCUCUGGCUCCACUCGUGGAGGUCUCGGAAAGCAACUCAGGUGUCGCCACCCCAGUCCUGGCUAGAGUAGACGAGGCGGCGAGAAGGCAAGGGAUCUCUGCCGUUUUGGAAAGUCAGGCGUAUCACAACGGCUGCUGCCCGCCCCAAGGCUCCACUCUACGUCAGCCUGUGGACGCGGUCCCCCAGUCUCCUAGGAAAUUGGCACGUAAUGCAUCUCUGAGAGCAGCUGCCGUCUCGAAAUUCCUCGCGUCAGCACACGCAGCGAGAAGGAAGUUGAUGCUGAGCGUUGCAUAUGGAGCAGCGAGCGGAACGCUCUCGGGUGCAUGCUUGCUUCUUGCGAAGAGCGGAGUAGAGUUGCUGGUCAAGACGUUCGAAAAAGACGGAGUGAACCAAUUUGGUAGAUGGCAAAGCUGGGCCAUUGUGGCGACUCUCGGAGCCGCUGCUAUUGCACAGGUGAGUCAGAGGUCGCUCAGCACGGUCCACUACCCUCUCCCCCCACUUCCUGACUUUCGCAUGCUCUACUUUGCUCGAUGUGUUAGCUGUGGUAUCUCAACAAGGCGCUGAAGCUUUCAGAUCCGACUCUGGUCUGUCCAUUAGCGUUCUGUGCCUACAACGUGGCCAGCAUCAUGCUUGGUGAGCGAAUACCUUUGAAAGGCUCCUUGAUCGCAAAGACUGACCCCGCACGCUUUGCCUCUUGGACAGGUCUGAUGUACUUUGAUCAGCUUUCAGCUUUGUCCGCCCUCAGUCUCACUGCUGUUGUUCUCGGAACAGCAGUGCUUCUGACCGGAGUCUUCUUGGUAAGCACGCAUGGAAGCAGCAAGACACCUAAGCAAGACGCUACUGGAGCCGAAGGGGUUUCAGCGUACGGCUCUAUUGAGCAAACUUUUGCUGGAGAGCCUGGAAGUCAUUCAGUCCAGGUCGCCGAUAUCGAAUCGGGACUUUGCGCUUCCCAAAACAGGCAUACAAAUGGAGUAGAAGGCGUAUCAUCGCCCACGUCGAUGGAAAAUGCCACCGAGACUACAGCCCUUCUCGCGUCCAAUGCGGCAGGCAUCGCGGGCCCGCAUCUACCGCCUCCGUCCGCUCCAACGCCUCCGUCCAGUGCGCCAGCGCACCUUAGUUCAUCAGAUGGGUCUCCCCAUACAUCUCCGACGUCAUCACCGCUACGCUCACGCUCUUCCAUUGGCGUUGGCAAGGACGGAAGGCGGAUUGCUUCCUCAGGUGGCAGUAAUGAGGUAUCGAGCCCUCGCAGCCGACGAAGUAGGAGUCGAUCCGCUAGUCUGAUCGGAGGGCUAGGAUUAGUUGUCGAUCCCUCAUUGGCGCACGAACAGCGCACAUCGGAAGUAGAUAGACACGUUCGAUGUUUCUCUGCCUCCCACGCGCAGAACAGUCCAUCGUUCCCACGGGAUCAAGACGAGGGCGUGCAGGAAGUCGUGCUUCCCAUCGAAGGCGCCAGCUCGUACCGUAAUGCAGAAAACAGCCAUCCUGGCCCGCGAACUGCACCCCCGUUGGUGAGGUCGAGCUCACAAGGCGGAGCGGCAGAUAAUGAGAGCGUUGGCGUACCAUGGAGUCCCAUACAUUCAUCUCGAGCCCUUGCACGAGGCCUUUAUGCCACUUUUCUCUCGCGAGGACUUUCCAUCGGUCUAUCGCCUUCCAGCCCGGGGUUCUAUAUCCCAGGAGCGGACGCGGUAGAGCAACUGCACGAAGCAACGUAUGCUCGACGAAGCGGCCCUGCCAGGUGGAAUGGUCGGUCAAGGAGAACGGCUAGCGAGGGAGACGCAAGUGGGCUCAACACGAGUGGAAGAGAUUGGGAUGCUCAGGGAGAUCAGUACGCAAGACUGGACUCUUUGGCGGAGGAAAGCGGGUCCGCCUUUGAUCGUGUGGCAAUGCCUGCUGUGGCUGGAGAGCCGGAGGUGGCCGUGCCGAGGGAGCGCCAGGACUCGGCAAGAACCCUUCAGCAACCUCGCGGAACACCGUCAAGCCAGCGACUAGUCGAUGAAGAAGCUCUGUCCACCAGUCCACCCGAAGCGUCUGGCUCUGCAUGGCAGAACCUCACGAGGGCAGCUAGUCAGACUUUGGACAUUGGCGCGCUCACUCAGAGACUGAGCAGGUUGAGGAGAGGUCUGAGCGGAACUUCUGAGGAGCGCAUCUAG